AUGCGCUACCUGGGCCAGGGCCGCAAGGUGACCCUGCACGACGCGGCGGAGGCGUGCCUCUUCAUCCGCGCCACCGCCGAGGCGGCGGCGCAGCGGCCGGAGCGAGGCGCCGACGCGGAGGCGGACCAGCCCCCCCCCACCAACAAGACGACCGAGGAGCUGCUGGCGGAGCUGCGCGACCUGCCCGACGCCGCCCUCGGCUACUUCAUCACGAAGGCCUUCCCGACGAUGGGGCGGAGCGAGGAGGAGGCGGUCCGGACGACGAGCCGCACGCUGCACGUGGUGCGCCACAUGCAGACCCUCGUCUUCCACGAGUGGAUGGAGCGCAAGGACCCGCUGCCCCGCUUCACCGGCCCGGACGGCUCGGCCGCCAUCUUUGUCAAGGCGACGCGCCGCAAGGAGUGGCUGCAGAAGCUGUUUGGCAGUGUGAGCGGCGAUCUGCUCGACGCGGUCGAGCCGGCCGCCGCCGGCGACCGGGGACGCGGCACCGACGACGAGGGAGGCGGCGCGGCGGCGGCGGCGGCGGGCGAGCCCAACGCCGCGGCGGCGGCGGUCACCUCGGCGCUGCGCUCGUGGAACCCGGUCAAGCGGGCCGCCGCCGCCGCCAUGACUGCGCAGGCGAAGGCGGAGUUCGACGAGGUCUGCGAGGUGAGGCGCGACCGCACGACGCUGCUCGGCCCGUCCGCGCUCGAGAUCUAUGUGCCGGGCAACCAUACCCACGUGUCGGCCGUGUGCGUCUCGUACCGCGACGCCAACUUCCGCGCGAACGUGGAGCGGUUCCUCGCCCCCGACGCGCCGACCCCGCCGCCGCUGCGGCCCACCGGCGCGGCGCAGUGCGUCGCGCCGCUGCAAAACAUGGCGGAGCGAGUGGACGCGCAGGUGGACGUGCCGCGCUGGCUGCCCGAGCUCGUCUUUGGCGACCUCGACGAGCUGCGCAGCGCGGUCAAGCGGCCCGGCGUGAACAUGGAGGAUUUUGUGUAG